AUGCAACAAGAAGCGCUAGACUUUUCUUUUCUCACCAAAAUUUUACAGUCCAGCUGGCACGUGCCCGCGCCUGACCAGUGGUCAGCUAGUUUAGUGCCUGCACUUAACGCACUCAGCCAAUCAGACAAUCCAUCAACGGUCCCUGCGUCAUUACCCGUUGGGUCUAGUCUGUGCACGGAGGACGACGGCAAGGACAGUAGACCGGACCCCCGGGCUCCCCAGGACUACACACUUAAACGUGUUGUCUGCGAGACACAAGAUCUUGACAUCAAAGACCGUCUUGGUCAGCAGUGCCAAGCUAUUGCUGACCAGUCGUAUGAAAGAGAGGAUUCCAUUCCGUUUGGAUUCUUGGAGGGAAAUUCAAAUGAAAACUAUUUAAAUUAUAAAAAUAUAAAACAUGAAAACAAGGAUACCCUACCUGGGGUAAGGUCAGACAUCAAAUCGUUCAGUGAAGAAACUGAAAGAAAACCGGAAAUGACGUAUUUAAAAACUCACUCGGCUGCUGCCACAUCCUUCCUGGAUGAGCUCCCAAGCGAGUAUGAACAAAUCGAAAGUUGCGAGUCGAGGGGGCUGAAGCUGACGUUCAGGAGACGCUCGGCGGACCGACCUCCCACCCAAAAACCUCCGCCCCAGAGGCCCCAGACAGAAAAGCCUGUAGAAGAAAAGCCCCAAAUACAAAAAUCUGCAACUCAAAAACCUGUAGCUCUAAAACUCCCCGCUCAAAAACCUCCAUCUCACAAACCCCAAGUUGAAAAGCCCCAAACUCAAAAGCCCCAAGUUGAGAAGCCCCAAGCUCAAAAACCCACAACCUACAAAGCGCCAGUCCUCAUCACCCUUGAGGAAAAAGAGGCCAAACCCCCACACGACAUCCCCAAACUGAUCGUCCAGAAAUGUAAGCUCUCGCAGUCCUACAGCCUCCACAGCAACAGGAAGUUGACUCCAAAACUUGCCGAGACCGACACGAAAAAACCAGAACCGGCGCAUUCAAAUAAAUCCAGCACGGAACAAAAAAAGAGUAACAACAAUUGUAAGACAAACAAAGCGGAUGUCUAUCUGCAAAACUCUGAUGGGGAAAAGGGAAAAAGUUCCACUGGAAAAAGUGCAAGUAAAACUUCUGUUACGGCAAAAACAAAAGACGAAAACCGAUCUCGGGAGUCAAAAACUAAACCACAAACAUCGGCGGAUCCUCAGAAGAACGCCAACAAAGAUCAAACGACGCAUAGUUUAGAGGGCGGUUCUUCAAGCCUACGGGAACAAGACAAGAGCGCCAGGGCAGACCCGCAUAAGGACAGACCAGGGCAUGAGAAGGGCAGACCAGGGCAUGAGAAGGUGGAGAUGACGUCAGGCUCCCAGCUGCCCAGCAGAGAUGCCACGUCUGACAAGUCAGUCACACAUCGAGUCAGUUCUCAGGGAACUGUGCAGUCUAGCAGUCAAAAAUCUGUCUCGUCUAGCAGUCUAAAAUCUACCACGUCUAGUGGUAAAAAAUCUGCCUCGUCUAGCAGUCAGAAAUCUGUCACGUCUAGCAGUCAAAAUAUCACGCAUAGCAGUCAGAAAUCUAUAACUUCUAGCAGUCAAAAAUCUGUCACGCCCAAAAGUCAAAAUGUCACUUCUGGCAGUAAAAAACCUGCCACGUCUAGCAGUAAGAAUGUCACGUCGACCAGUGAAAACACCGUCACAUCUGACAGUGACAGGUCUAUCACAUCUAAACAAAGUCCCAGAUCUCUCUCUUCUGACAGUAAAAAAUCCACACCAUCUACCAACACCCAGAAAUCCACCUCAUCUUCCAACAGUCAAAAACCCACAACCUCUUCCAACAGUCAUAAGCCCAUUUCAUCAACUAGCAGCCACAAGCCCACAUCAUCCAGCAAAAGUCAGGGGAAAGUGAAGUCUUCGAGCGAAAACCCCAAAACUCCAAAAUCCGAAGGACUCAUGGAACGAGUGAAAAAGUCCACAAGCGAUACCAGCCAAUCAGCUGACCAACACACGGACAAGCGUGCGUCUGCUCACAAACCAGAGAAGGUCAUGACCUCUAGCAGACCGGACCAUGUCCAGCUACGUGACGGGAAGUCAGACGACAACCAAAAGUCAGGUGAUAAACCGCCGGGCACUCUCCCCGCCCAGCAGCUGGAAGUCAGCAGGUUACCCGAUGGCCAGGGGAAAGCCGUGGGUUCUGCAAGCACCCAGCACACCCACAGGGAGAAAACAAGCCCCCAUUGCAGCACAACCUCCAAUUGUAGCACAACCUCCAAUUGUAGCAAAACCUCUAAUUGCAGCAAAAGCCCUCACUGUACUACAAGCUCCGACUAUAAUAAAAGCCCCCCUUGUAACACCAACUCCUACAGUAGCACAAGCUCCCAUAGCAGUACACACCCCAAUGAUACCGACCAUAAGCCCCAACCACAGGAGGUUGUGGAGCACCCAACUCUACAACAUUAUCCAACCAAUCAACACGAAGACCUAGAAGUGAAACAAAAAUUCAAGUUCAAAAGGUCAGACAGCGCUCCCCCCUCCACUCUAUCACCCCCACAAGCCUUGUCUCCACCCUAUCCAGGAUCCACAUCAGAAGAGGUCAGCAGGUUCAUGAACGUCCACCCGGACAACGAAACUAUCGCUCCGUCAGAUGGCGCUAACCUCCCCACCAGACCCAAAUCCUCCCCGCCCAUCUGCAGCACGUCGUCCCGAAAGUCGCCGGUGGUCAUGCUCGACCGACUUCCGUCUCCGGUCAUUCAACUUUACUCCUUCAAAAAUUUCGUCAGCGAUGACAGCUGUUCUGAGGAGAAUUCCUCGGACACUGACCGCCAUUACAAGAAUUACCUGAAGCGUUUUCAGACAGGUGUGAUGGAGUUGAGCUCGUCAGGGCCGGAGUCAGACAACCAGAGCUCGGACGACAAGAUGGCCGCCAAGUGUCUUAAGUCCACAGAGAGGCGGAAGAGCAGAUUAAAAGAAAGAGCAACAGCUUCUCGCCGCCCUGAGACCAAAGAUCAAAGCAGCUCAGACCUGAAGAACUCGCUGCUCAUCAGGAGUCGCGAGAAGUACAUCCGGGCUUCAAAACGAGGCGUUCGCUACAACAACGACGACGAUUUCGAGAAGGCGGUGAUCAAAUACUGCAGCGGCGUCUCCAGGAAGUACAACACGAAACAAAGUAAAACAAAGACAAAAACUUUGAACAGUGCAAAGAAGAGACUCAACAGCCCUACGAAAACCCCGGAAGAUCCAAUCGAGGCGGAUCAAAGAUCGAAGUUUAUCGAUCCUAGAAUCACGGCCAUGUCGUCUGCGCUGCUCCACGCCUGCCAACACAACAAGAACGCGGAGAACAUCGCCUUCAAGAAAACAAGUUCCCGCCUCCGUGUGGGCAGCACGAAGUUCAUCACCCACAAAGUCUUGACCAAAUCUUUCAACAAAUUUUCUCCAGGAACCACUUGUAAAUUAAACUCUAAAUUUGGUCAUCACGCCGUGAAAGACUGGCCCAGAAAACAUCUGGACACAAUGAUUUCUGCCCAGCAGACGUCUAGCAAGUUGAGGCAUCAGGCGUCAAACAUUCUGAGAAAAUCUGCCCAGCAAGCUAAGCACGUGUCAAGUGAGAGAGUCAAAGUCCCUGAACGUGUUGACCCUCACACCCAGCCUCACAGCUCCACCGAAAUGUACUCACCAAGUAAGUUCAGAAACCUGUUCGAAUCGGACGUGUUCAGUGGGCGUAUCGACCCAGACAAGUCCCCAAACUCUGACACCGAUAGUGGGAAGCAAUAUCCGGUCUCAAAAACCGCAGAUACAAAAUGUAAAUUUUCCGACAAAAAACGCCGGAGAAAGAGGAUCAUCAGCAAAGAGUUCAUCACCGAGGAGAUGGACAGUGCAUACUGCUGCAACUGCCAGUGCAGUGAAAGUCCCGUCGACACCCACAAACCAGCCGCCAAGUCUCCGAAAGACAUCCCAGCGCCGAAGAAAGAAUUGUGUGCCGAUCCAGUAGUGCUGAGCAUCAAGGCGGAGGGACGCGAGGAAGACUCUGCAGACGAUCUAGGCUUUGACGCAGACUCGAACAGCGAACCGGAAGCGGUGAUUAAACUUGAGAGCACGUUGGCAGACGACGAGGAUCACGUGGAGGACAGCUACGGGCGUGCUGGGAUCGCCAAGGACACGGAUCUGAUGGCCCUCGACUACCCCACGUAUGACGAACUCAGGCUCGAGUCGCAAGACAUUUUCUACGACCUGACUUCCGGUCAGGGAGCUUCCAGGCUGGACAAUGCUAACACAAGGAGAGGCAUGGCUGACCUUGACAUUGCUGACGCGGCAGAGAUCUGGGACCUGCGGGGGUCAGGGCGUGAAGGGGUGCCAGCUCGUCACGUGACUCUCGGGGAACCAAGCGGUCAGAGAGCUGGUCAGCCGUCCGGCCAGUCGUCUGGCCAGCCGCUGUUGAAUUACCAGGGGAGCGAGUUUGGCUCCAGCCGCCAGCCGGAUGUGACGUGCAGAACCUCGUUUGCCACGCCUUUAUUUUUAUACGCCAAUCAAAGCAACCCUCCCUCACCAUACUCAAUGUCAAGGCCGCUCAAGCCAGCCCCCUCUUCUGUGACCUUCAACAAACCCUUGUCCAUCCAGAUUGGACAGUCCCCGACUGAGUCGGACUACGGGUCACCGCCGUCUCUGAUAGAGUUCUCUUCCCCUUGCUGGUACCAAACGCACAAUCCCAAGCCCAUCUGUUACCAUGGUAACACUGACAAUGAAAAGGGCAAGGCGAAUCAACAGGAGUCUUCAAGAAUUGUGAGUAGCGCAAACACGACAGCCAGAAAAGAUUUUGAAAGAGCGCCAAAACCCGAAGCCAAAACCCAAAAUACCCGAGUGGUUCCAAAAAUUACCAUACAUUCACCAUCCAGCCCCGAGCAUUCCGGAAGUACGUCACCAUCUCGCGCGUCGCCUUCAAGUUCCUGUUUCAUCAGCCCGGACCUGCCCACGUCACAGCAGCCAAAAUCUGGCACGUCCUCGCCGUUCCGCUUGCCGGGUAGCCUCCCUAGUCCCCACAAAACCUCCCCCAAACAAACUCACGACGCCGCCUGCAAAUCCUCCAGGCUAAACCUUGACCCCAGCACCAACCGUCUGCUGUCCAUCUUCUCACCCAACUACCUGCGCAGCGCAAUCAAAAACAAGGAGGCCCGCGCGCAGCUCUGCCGGUACAUCCGCCAGAAGAUCGAGGAGGUCGAGAGCGACGACAGCGACGCUACUCUUGUGUACCCCCCGGCGCCCCAUGACAAGCUCCACCCUUACAACAAGGGCGCCAGCCGGCGGUCCUCGCUCGGGUUCUCCUCGACUGGGGUCAGCGAGUGCUCCUCCGCCAUGAACAGCCCCAGUAUAAAAGAGGUCAAAGACACGCUGUCCCCAGACGACAAAACGAUGGAGAAACGACAAAACGAUUUGUCGCUGAUCGUGUCCGACCUCAGGGAGAGCAUCUCUAAAACGAAGGCCAUGAAGCGGAGCCGGCGGACAAACUCUUUCUCUGGGCAGCGGAAGGUGACAAUGGGGGACCCGGAUAUCUGCGUGCAGGCCCUGCAGAAGGGCAGCCGUCCGGCCUUUGAGAGGUUCAUGUCGGUGGAAGCCAUGAUGGACAGCGACACGCCCUACACCACCAUCACCAAAACCAUGGACGGGAGUGACGACACGCAGCGUCACGAUUACGAGAUGAUGCGGUUCGUUUCCGGUCUGCGCUUGAGACCAAAAUACACCGCGCAUGACGGAAGUGUUUCGUCUAUGAGCGUCGCGGAGACACAAGUCUACGGGGCGGACAACUCUCACAAACCGGAAAUGAAUCAGUUUUAUCACCGUCGUGGCGACGAAGUUUCCGACACGGUUGAGGAGAGCAGGAGAGCAACAGCCGUAGAAACAGCUCCAUCUCCUGCUCCAGCUGCCCCCUGUCCGACGCUAAACGGAACAAACGCCAACAGCGUUGACUCGGACAGCGACGAAAGCCGCCUUGUCGUCAUCGAGAACGCCGAGUCCGACACCGUCAUCGAAGGCUGUGAGGCGUAUAAAAAAGUCGUUUCCGGCGCCUACCGGCUCCCAACCGGAAGUCUGAAGCUCACUCGCCGGCUCAAAUACUGCAGGAGAACGAAGCGGUCCGGCAAAGAUAAACGGCUUCCGAUUUCCGUUCGCUCCUUGCUAAACCGGAAGCCGGGCAGCAAACUUUCACAACCUGCGAGAGAAACCGGCAGAAACCGGAAAACUAGACCGGCACAGCGGCGUAGACCAACACUACGCAAAUCUCCGCACGAGGAAGAUGCUCCGCCUGGAUCUAACACCGGUAGUGACGUCACGGAUACGAAGCCAUCUUUGAAGGGGAGUCGCGAUAUUUGGGCUGUUGCUCAAAGGCUUGGAACUUCAAUCAUACACAGCUUGAUUGAUAUUGAGCUCCAAUCAUACACAGCUUGA